AUGGAAUCAAGUCAUGUAAUAGCCAUUACAAAUGGAGAAGAGAAUAUUGCUCAUAAGAAGGAGAAUAAAGCACUUAAAUUUCCCAUUCCACCCUUUAUUUCUCAUAUUAGGAAAAAUGAAGUCCAUUGCUCCACUGUCUCCAUUACUUCCAAUCUCAGAUACAAGCAAAUGAAAAGUGAUCAAGGAACUAGGAAGAUGAUCCACAGUGUCAAAGUGGGAAUCUCCCUGGUUUUGGUUUCACUCAUGUACCUUGUGAAUCCUCUCUUUGAACAAGUUGGAGAAAAUGCAAUGUGGGCUAUCAUGACUGUAAUAGUCAUCUUUGAAUUCUCUGCAGGUGCCACACUAGGAAAGGGCUUCAAUCGUGGAAUGGGAACUAUUGUUGGAGGAGGAUUGGGUUGCUUAGCAGCAUUUUUCGCCCAAAGCACUGGAAUUGGGAGGGUUGGUAACUCGAUUAUAAUCGCUACUUCAGUAUUUAUCUUUGGAUCACUUGCUACAUAUUUUAGACUGGUUCCAAGCAUAAAGAAAAGAUACGAUUAUGGGGUGAUGAUAUUCAUGCUUACUUUCAAUCUAGUGGUGGUGUCUGGGGUGCGUGCUCAUGUGAAAGUGUGGGAAAUUGCCAGGGAGCGUCUUGUGACAAUACUAAUGGGUUUCAUUGUGUGCAUUUGUGUGAGUUUGUUCGUUUUUCCUUUGUGGGCCAGUGAUGAACUUCAUGAUUCCAUAGUCUCAAGAUUCCAAGACCUUGCUAAUACAAUUGAAGCUUGUUUAGGGGAAUGUACGAAAUUAGUUGGCGAAAAGGAAGACCAAUCCCUCAACGUUUGCAAGUCGGUGUUGAACUCCAAGUCAAAGGACGAAUCAUUGGCAAAUUUCGCAAAAUGGGAACCGUGGCAUGGAAAAUUUGGAUUUUCAUACCCUUGGGGAAGGUACUUAAAGAUUGGUGAGGUUCUUCGAGAACUGGCUGCGUUUAUUCUUGCAGUGGGAUGUCUCCAAACAGCAAAAGAGCCCAUGGCCUAUUUGAGGCAAUCACAAUCGGUGCAAUUAGACACGUGCGUAGCAAUUGAGUCAAAGGUUGCUGGUAUUCUUCGAGAACUUGGAGAGAGCAUGAAGCAAAUGAGGAAAUGUGAAGCAAAGUACAACAUUUCGGCCCAAUUGAAAGCAGUGAGAUCAGAUCUAAACUCGAUAAUUUCUACGUCCAAAAUAGCACAACUUGAAGAUGGUCAAGUGUUAGCAAUUGCAAGCUCUGUGUUCUUGCUCAUGGAAGUGGUGAGGAAGGUUGAGGAAUUGGUAAAAGAGGUGGAAGAACUUGCAGAUGUCGCUGGUUUUUCCACCCACACUACUCCAAUGUCUUCGUAG